CUCCAAUAAUGAUAGAGAUGAAGAAUUUUGAGAAACUACUUCAACUUGACGUAUAGCCAAAUCCUUAUAUAAAUGACCUUCCUUAUUAUCUUCAGCUCUAGUAACAAACUAAGAAAAUCAAUUGUCCUCUCGUACAUUCUUAGAUUUGCCCAACUAAAACUAUAGUUAGAAGAGCUGGAAAAAAAAAUCGGAUCAAUUUUAUAGACUUCACCACGAGAAGCUAUGGAAGUGGAUAAGGUACAUGUAAAAGAGGAACACAAGUAUGGAGGAAUUAAGGCGAUGCCUUUCAUUAUAGGAAAUGAAACCUUUGAGAAGCUGGGAACGCUUGGAACCUCAUCGAAUCUCUUGGUUUACUUAACCACUGUAUUCCAUAUGAAGUCAAUUAAUGCUACUAAUCUCGUUAAUGUCUUCAAUGGUACUUGCAAUUUUGGUACGCUGCUUGGUGCGUUCUUAUGUGACACUUAUUUAGGUCGAUACAAGACAUUGGGAAUUGCUUCUAUAUCUUCUUUCACGGGGAUGUUGUUUUUGACGCUCACAGCUGCGAUCUCAAAACUGCAUCCUCUUCAUUGUGGAACUGCAGAAAAUAGCAUUUGCCUUGAACCAACUACAGGACAAUUGGCUUUCUUACUGUGUGGAUUUGGUUUUCUAGUAGUAGGUGCUAGUGGUAUUAGGCCAUGCAAUUUAGCUUUUGGGGCAGAUCAAUUUAAUCCCAAUACAGAAUCAGGAAGAAGGGGAAUUAACAGCUUCUUUAAUUGGUACUACUUCACUUUCACUUUUGCCAUGAUGAUAUCAUUGACUGUCAUUGUCUAUAUUCAGUCGAAUAUGAGUUGGGCUAUAGGAUUGGCUAUUCCCACAUUUCUAAUGUUCUUGUCAUGCGUUUUCUUCUUCGUUGGUACCAAAAUUUAUGUCCAUAUUUUACCCGAGGGUAGUCCCUUGACAAGUUUGGUGCAAGUGCUCGUAGCUGCAAUUAAGAAAAAGCGCUUAAAGUUACCAGAACAACCACAGAAUACCUUGUUCAAUCAUGUUUCCAUCAAGAGUAUCAACUCUGAACUUCCUUACACUGAUCAAUUUAGGUUCCUGAAUAAAGCGUCUAUUUUAAGCCCCGAAGACAAAACAAACGAAGAUGGAUCAGCAGCUAAUCCAUGGAGACUUUGCAGCAUCCAACAAGUGGAAGAAGUGAAAUGUGUUGUAAGAGUAUUUCCAAUAUGGACAGCAGGUUUGGUAUACUAUGUUGUUUUAGUCCAAAUGCAAACUUAUCUAGUCUUUCAAGCGCUGCAAAGCGACAGGCGUAUUUUCAGUGGCAGUGAGUUCAAGAUCCCAGCAGCAUCUUACUCGGUGUUCUCCAUGUUGAGUUUGUCCAUUUGGAUACCUAUCUAUGACAGAAUAAUCGUUCCAUUUCUCCGAAAAAUCACCAAAAAAGAAGCUGGCAUAACCGUCCUCCAAAAAAUGGGGAUCGGAUUAGUAAUUGCAGUUCUCACCAUGCUAGUAUCAGCUGUAGUGGAGACACGCCGAAGGGACAUAGCUCUUAGGCAUCCAACACUAGGCAUUGAACCAAGACGAGGCGGAAUUUCAGCAAUGUCUGCUAAUUGGCUGAUACCUCAACUAGCACUUGCAGGGCUUUCUGAAGCAUUCACUAUUAUAGCACAAGUUGAGUUUUUCUACAAGCAAUUCCCCGAAAACAUGAGGAGCUUUGCAGGUUCAUUCCUGUUUUGUGGAUUCGCAUUGGCUAAUUACAUGAGUAGCUUGUUGAUAACAAUAGUUCACAAGACAACAAGAAUAUCAGAUACAGAGAAUUGGUUAGCAGAGGAUCUAAACAAGGGGAAAUUGGAUUACUUUUACUACUUAGUUGCUGCAUUGGAGGUUUUAGAUUUUGGUUACUUUCUACUGUGUGCCAAAUGGUACAAGUAUAAAGGAACAAAAAAUGAUCAAAAUCUUCAAGUCCCCAUGGAUAAAUUACAAUCCACAAAACCUCUAGUUUGAUUAAGCAUUUUCUCUUCUCUUCUUCUAAAUAAAAAUACAUAUAAAUUCAGCCAUGGCAAUGUAUACUUGAUUAAUGUGAUACCAAAUUUCACUCAUGAGACUACGAUUGGCCAUA